AUGGCGAAUCCGCGCCUGGUAGUAAGUUCUACUACUAGUAGCAACAGCCGUGGUGCCACCAGUGGGGGAUUGAGGGCGUUAGAAGCAGAGGCGGCUGCUGUUGCGCUGUCUGUAAGGGGUAAUGAAGGGCAAGCGCCGGUCGCGUUGGUGGGAUCCUUCCGGGAAAUGGCCAGCAACCGUGAUGGGGGUGGUAUGAGUGCGUUAGAAGCAGAGGCGGCUGCUGUUGCGCUGCCUAUGAGGGGUAAUGAAGGGGAAGGAGGGGGAGUGGGAGGAGGGAAGAGAGGGGAGAGGGAGGGUGAGGGAAGGAGGGAACUGCAGCAUGGAUGGGCGAAAGGGGUUCGUGAAAUGGCGCGGGUAGCGAGUUUGAGUGGCGGUAUGGGGACUGUAGAAGAUAAGGCUGCUGCUGGUGCUGGUGCUGCUGGUGCUGCUGGUGCUGCUGGUGCUGCUGGUGCUGCUGGUGCUGGUGCUUCUGCUAAUCCGAGAGCCUCAGGUUCGGAACAGGAAGAGGAGGAGGUUAACAUGAUAGUGAUAAGCGAGGAGAGGCAUGCAGCGGGGGAGCAUGCGGCGGGGGAGCAUGCGGCGGGGGAGCAUGCAGCGGGGGAGCAUGCAGCGGGGGAGCAUGCGGAGAGGGAGCAGGCAGAGGGAGAGGAGCACUCUCUUCUUUCUGACCCAGACCUCAUCUCUCCGUCAGGCCUGCCGUUCUUAUCCAUUUCCCCCCGUCCAUCCUUCGGCCCUGCAGCAUCUACCCUCUCCCCCACCACCUCCCUCCCCCCCAACGCCUCACUCCCCCUCACCGUACCCUACUCAUCCACCCUCCCUUCUCACAGCCCUCGCAAAUUCAGUUCUGGCCCGCUCGCCUCCUCGCUGUCCCUGUCUCACGAGGUGACUGUUGAGUCGACUCAAAAGCCCCCCUGCAAGUUGGGUUCCGGUCCGCUCUCCGCCCUAUCCCGGACCCUGUCUCGCGAGGUGACCGUUGAGUCGACUCAAAAGUCCUCCCGCAAAUUCAGUUCUGGCCCACUAAUUUCCUCCCUCUCCCGGACGUUGUCUCGCGACGUCUCUGUAGAGUCGACUCAAAAGGCCCCCAGCAAGUUUAGCUCUGGCCCGCUCAUCUCCUCGCUGACCCGGACCCUGUCUCGCUCUCGCUUCAAGCACCUGCUCUCUCCGCUCCUCUCCAGCCCCUCCAAGCCUGGCACAGAGGCUGGGGAGAACGCCGUCGAGUCGACACAUGACGUACCACCACACGAUUGUGGUACGGAUUUCGGGGUAGCCUCGGGGGCAGGUUUGGGUCUGCCGAAGCAUGUGCCUCGGACCCGGUCCGCAGUGGAGGCUGGGCAGGGAGAUUCCAAGGCUCGGCAGAACUGGUUGAAGGUGUUGCGUUUGCCCAGGGCUGGGGUGCCGAGUGGAGGCUCUAAGGGGUGA